AUGACCUCGCAAAGAAACAGAAUAUUGCAAGCGAGCAAAAUUUUCACGCGCAUUCAGCCAGUUUUUUUCCCUUUUCUUUCUCCAUUAUUUUUCUUUACAUCGUUUUUUUUAUUCUCUUUUAGUCUUUCAAUAAUUUCUUUAUUCCUCUCAAAUUCUUCGAUUUUUAAUCUCUUUCAUUUACUUAGUCAAAUAUAUUUUUCAUUGUUUUACACACUUUUUUCGUUCUUUCCUCCUUUUGUUACCCUACAUAUAUUUAUUCAUUCAAUGCUAGUCUUCCUUUUUCUAUUCUUUCUUUCUUACUUGCUUCCUUGCUUGUUUUCUUCGACAUUCAUUCAUUUAAUUUUAUUUUACGUUCUUUGUAUAUCUAGUGUUUCUUUCUACUACUAUUUACAUCCAUUCAUUUAUUCAUAUAUUCAUUUAUUCUAUCAAUCUGAUUUUCUUUCUUUCUUUCUUUCUUUCUUUCUUUCUUUCUUUCUUUCUUUCUUUCUUUCUUUCUUUCUCCUAAGUAUUUAUAUUCAUUCAUAUAUUCAUAUAUUCAUUUAUUCUAUCAAUCUGAUUUUCUUUCUUUCUUUCUUUCUUUCUUUCUUUCCUUCUUUCUUUCUUUCUUUCUUUCUUUCUUUCUUUCUUUCUUUCUUUCUUUCUUUCUCCUAA